AUGCGAGUUCAGUCGGGUUUGGUGUUAUUCCUACUUGGAGCACUCCUAAGUAAUCGUUUCGCAACCGGAGAGGAUCAAACAGAUACAUCAUGGAUAUCCCAGCUGAGGAAACUGCGAAGUGAUCUACGUAACUGCUAUCAAUCUAGCGUAUCUCAAAGUUUGUGGUCUUGUUUUCGAUCAAAGAGCUUACACAUCUUCGAGGACGUAAUGUCUGCCCCAGAGAUUUCUAUAUACGAUGGAGUACGUCUCGUUUCCGCACCCAAUAUUACUGACAAUUCUUCAAGAGCCCAAGAUGAGCGAAAGGAUCUGAAACAUCUGACAUGGUUUGAUCAACUAGCUGUCAGUUUGGCAAAGGGCUUAACCACCCACACCUUACAAGUGAACUUAGGAAAACUUACUGAGCGAUAUCUAAGUAGCGAGACUUCUAACACCGAUCCCGUGGGAAGUGCCCGACUGAGACGACAUCGCUAUAAUAUGAUCAUCACCAUGAUGUUUGGAGUCACCGCAUUGGGGGCUAUUUUGGUACCCAUGGGAUUCCAAAUGUUGUCUAUUGUGAGCGGUAAAGCUCUAUUAUUGGCAAAGAUGGCCCUACUUUUAGCCUCCAUCAAUGGAUUGAAGAGGGUGGCCAACAAUGGACUGCAUUAUGGACUGUACCAUGUGCCAGGAGAGCAUUUAGGAGGUUACUAUGACAGAGGGGAUGUAAACCACCCUAGAAAUGUACCCAUUCCAGUGGCUGUUGCUCCAACUUUGGAUAUGGGAUUGAAUAUAGAAUAA